AACUAGAGCACAGCACAGCCAUUAAGAACCUGGAGAGCUAGGCACUCAUGGAACUUUUUUUUCCCUUCUAAUCUAGUUAAACAUUAAGCUGUGAAUGAAGACUUCACUGGAUUCUGGAAUUUGGGAUACAGAACGGAAGUCAGAGUUUACUUUUUGAAAAAAAAGUGGAUUUCAGCAGUGUUCCUACAGAGAUAUGGCCAGGGAAGAGGAACAUUACUACAGCAAACAUGUUCACCAAUGUCGUACCUGAAGAAUGUAUUAAGAAUUACAGCAAACUUACACAGCAAUGCAUGAACUUCCUUCCAAAGAGACAGAAGGGUGUGAUGCCUGUACUCUUAGAAGCUCACAGAACUGCUUCAUCAGAGCAGAAAAAAUUAUGAGUGAUGGCACUAACCAGUGUUUAUGUUGCGUAGGCACAGAUGUACUGCACAUUGCACAGGGUGUAAUCAAGACUUGUGCUUCCUACUGUGAACAUUCAUCAGCAUCUACACUUUGCGACCUGGCCUCGGCGUCUGGCAUGAAGUGUCAGGGUGGAUUCAUUACUUUUGCUGGUGAACCUCGCAAGUUUGAUCCAAAUUUUAGAGGACCAAUUCAUAACAGGAAUUGUACAGAUGUUCUGUGCUGCAUCAUUUUUGUUGUGGUCAUACUUGGCUAUAUUGCUUUAGGAAUCAUAGCAUGGGUGCAUGGAGAUCCUAGGAAGGUGGUGUAUCCGACAGACAGUUCCGGAGAGUUCUGUGGCCAGAAAGGCACUGCAAAUGAGAACAAAACCAUCUUAUUCUACUUUAAUAUUUUGAAGUGUGCCAGUCCUGUGGUGCUUAUCAACCUACAGUGCCCAACCACUCAGCUUUGUGUCUCAAAGUGCCCUGAUAAGUUUACAACCUAUAUAGACAUGCAACGAGCCUAUAGAUGGAGCCGAUACCCAUGGGAGAAUUACAAACCAUUUUGUAAGCCUGAAUUCAAUAAUCCAUGGAAGUCAGUUACAGAAGUUCUACGUGAUGAGGACUGCCCGUCCAUGAUUGUUCCAAGCAGACCCUUUCUUCAGAGGUGUUUUCCUGAUUUCACAACCAGAAAUGGAAUAUUGAGUGUAGGUAAUGAGACCAUGUUUAAAGAUGGAGUUGGGAAAAAAAGAAAUGUGACUGACCUCAGGGAUGCUGCCAAUGGUAUAAAUAAUGUACUUGGAGCAAGACAAUUAGGAAUGAAAAUAUUUGAAGACUAUGCCAUCUCCUGGUACUGGAUUUUAAUAGGCCUUUGUAUUGCAAUGGUUAUUAGCCUGCUUUUUCUCCUGCUGUUGAGAUUCACUGCUGGGGUUCUCUUUUGGAUUGUCAUCUUCUGCGUAAUUGGAGUCAUAGGGUAUGGAAUCUGGCAUUGUUUUUGGGAAUACAGCACUCUGAAGGGGAAACCAGGAGCUGACCUAACCAUUUCUGACAUAGGCUUUCAGACUGAUUUCAGAGUCUACCUACAGAUACGACAGACAUGGUUAGCUUUUAUGAUAAUACUCUGCAUCAUUGAAGUUAUCAACAUAUUAAUGCUGAUUUUUCUGAGAAACAGAAUUCGUAUUGCUAUUGCACUACUCAAAGAAGGAAGCAGGGCUAUAGGAUGCAUCAUGACAACAUUAUUUUAUCCAGUUAUCACAUUCAUCCUAAUUGCAAUAUGUAUCUCCUACUGGGCCGUCACAGCUGUUUUCCUUGCAACAUCUGGAGAACCCGUUUACAAAAUUAUGGCCAGUGAAACACAAUGCAAGUAUGCCAACAGAACUUGUGAUCCUGCAACAUUUGGUACCUCUAACGUCACAAAGUUAUGCCCUGGUGCUCAGUGUACUUUUGCAUUUUAUGGCGGGGAAAGCCUAUAUCACAAGUACAUCUUUAUUCUCCAAAUUUGCAAUGUUUUUGUCUUCCUGUGGCUGGUGAACUUUGCAAUUGCAUUAGGUCAGUGUACUCUUGCUGGUGCAUUUGCCUCCUACUACUGGGCCUUUAGGAAGCCUGCUGACAUACCAAGCAGUCCGCUUCUCUCAUCCUUUGGUCGAGCAAUAAGAUACCACACUGGUUCACUGGCAUUAGGAUCAUUGAUUCUUGCAAUUGUGCAGCUGAUUAGAAUCAUUCUAGAAUACUUGGAUCACAAACUGAAAGGAGCACAGAAUGCAUGUGCCAGAUUCCUGUUAUGUUGCUUGAAAUGCUGUUUCUGGUGUUUGGAAAAAUUCAUCAAAUUCAUGAACAGGAAUGCAUAUAUAAUGAUUGCCAUAUAUGGUAAGAACUUUUGCACGUCAGCAAGGGAUGCAUUCUUUUUACUUAUGAGGAAUGUUGUCAGAGUUGCAAUUUUGGAUAAAGUUACCGAUUUCUUGUUGUUCCUGGGAAAACUGCUGAUAGCUGGCAGUAUAGGUGUACUCGCCUUCUUCUUCUUUACACACAGAAUACCUCUACUAGAACAAGAAGCCCCUUCAUUAAAUUAUUAUUGGGUACCUAUUCUGACUGUCAUAUUUGGGGCUUACCUGAUUGCUCAUGGUUUCUUCAGUGUCUAUGCAAUGUGUGUUGAUACACUUUUCCUUUGUUUCUUGGAAGACAUAGAAAGAAAUGAUGGCUCUCCAGAUAGGCCGUACUUCAUGAAUGAAUCUCUGAUGAAGAUUCUGAAGAUUGUAAAUGCAAAACAGAAGUAGAAGCAAUUGACCAUGGGGAGGAUUUUCAGUACUGAUUGCCUGGUAUGUGGCAGCAAAAAUGUAUCACUGCACUUAAUUUGUAAAAUUACUGCUUUUACUACCAAACCACUCUGAACAACAAACUUUAGAAACUGGAUUUAUACCAAAGAAUUUAAUGAUUAUAUAAAGUCAUCUUGAACAAUACAAUAGUGCAUUUUCAGAUAAAGGAUGCAGAAAUAUUAUGCUACUAAUACCAGUAUUAUAAGUGCUGGGUGUAAUGAAUAUUGAGUCUUUUUCUGGGAUACUUCAUUGCUGUUUUUAAAGAAUAAUAUUUAAAGUGCAGCGAUGCAAAAAGGAGCAGUCUACAAUAUGAUGAGUUUUAAGAGUUAUUCAUUUUCAAACUUAUAAUAUUUUUGUUGAUGAAUAUAAUAUAAAUUCAGUAAUGCAGUAGAUCUGAAGGUAGUCAUAUGGCUUCUUUUAUAAAUUAUGUUGACAAUAGCCAGUUAAAAUUAUAGUAUGAACAAAAAAGUAUUCCCUUUAAUAAUUUAUAUUUUCUUAAGGUUCCCUCUGUAAUAAUCUAUUGUUACAUUUCCGGCCUUUAAAUGCAGCUAAAUAAAUUCAUCAUUUCUGAAAUGUAGCCUUAGUAGGUGUAGAAAUGCUAUGGAUAAAGUCAUCAGUUAUAAAUGCAGCCAUGGCGAAGUGCUUACUGUACAACAAAGUGCCUUGCUAUUCCAGUGUGUUGGGCAACACACUAUGUUGGCUGUGGCUGUUAACAUUAUAAUUUCAAAUUGUGGAGAUAAAUAAAGUUCCUGUUUUAAAAUGUUUAUUCAGCCACAUCUUUCAUGAUGUCAAUUUAGUGUAUAGGAGUACUUUUCUGUAAGGGUUGUUUAAACUUGUUAAUCUCCAGGAUGUCCUGUAUAUAUGUAAAAAAAUGUCUCAUGAAAUUAAUUAACUUUUUGUAAACUGAAGUGGAUGUCUGUGAUACAAUUAUUUUGGUAUGCAUAAUAGUGUAUCAUUAAAAUCUGCAAUGCAUAGAAGAAUGCUGGGAUUUAAAACAAAUAUGACUUUGGUUACAAAAAUCCUGUUAAAAUGGUACUAGUAUGUACUUUAUUGAUUUUAUAAUAGAUGCAUCAGAAAAAUACACAUUAUUUUUUUCUAUACCACUAGUAUAACAGUAGAUAAUUUUCUAUUGAUAAUAUACAACAUUCAUGAAUAAACCAAACAUUAAUGUCUUCAUUCUGCAAAUUGGACUGUGUUGAUUGCUGUGCUUUAUAAGAACAUUCUUAAUUAAUCUGAAUAAUAAUUUGCAGUAAAUAAAUAACACAAUUGAGGUCCAUGACUUUCUAUGUAGAUUUGUUUUAAUGAAAUGAAUUCAUAAACAAGCCAUAGAGAAGCUAAACUAUUUACAUGAUUUUUUAAAUAUAAACACACAUUAAUUUCCCUAUUUACAUAUUGUGUUUUAAUAAAAAUGAUUUUGAGGCUUAAAAAGUGAAUUGUAAUUAAUUAUUUUGUGAAAUUUAAGCUGUUGCAAUAUUUAUACAUAUUGCUGGUUUCACCUGUUACAAGCUGUAUUUCAUUUUCAUGACAAAAGAAAGAAGUCUUUGCAUGAUUGUUUAAGCUUUAUGUAAUUAGUGCUUCUGCUGUGCAGAAAAUAAUGGUUUUGUAAAACUAUGUUUAAUAUCAAAUAAUAAGUUUCAUAUUUAAUGACAUGAUUAUUUAAUGCUUUUCAACUACUGGAAUUUUACUCAACAAAUAAAGAUUGAAAAUAAACAGUCUAA